UGGAGAUCUGUUGUCGUGGAAGUUCUCUGAGCACAAACACUUGUUCCAUAACGGAGCAUUAGUGUGUUGUAUUUUUAGCCCAGUAUAAGGUGUAUGAGCUCAGUUUGAAGAUGUCUCUUAUAGAAGGUCUUCUACAGACAUCAAGCACGGUGACACUGCUGGGUACUGUGCUGUUUCUGCUGGUCCUCUACUUCCUCUACUCUGGUUCCAGCUCUGAGGAACAGGGGAAGGAGCCUCCAGGACCCAGGGCUCUGCCCCUGCUUGGUAACAUGCUCCAGCUGGACCUCAAGAAGCCCUAUCACUCUCUCUGCGAGGUAAGAUGUAAACAUGUUCCCUGGUUGGGUCCGUGGAUAAAACCUGACACUCUGAAAAAGAAUGUUGCGUAUAUGAAGAUGGAGGUGACAGAGCUGGUGAGGGUCCUGAAGGAGACUCAACCUCAGAUGUGUAGAGGCUUUGUGGACUCGUUCCUUGUCCGAAAGCAGACCCUGGAGGAAUCUGGCAAUAUGGAUUCUUUCUACCACGACGACAACCUGGUAUUUAGUGUUGCUAACUUGUUUAGUGCUGGUACCGACACCACCGGGACGACCCUGCACUGGGGUCUGCUGCUAAUGGCCAAGUACCCCCAUAUACAGGACAAGGUCCAGGAGGAGAUCAGCAGCAUCAGUAGUCGUCAGCCCUUAGCAGAGGACAGGAAGAACCUACCCUACACUGAUGCAGUGAUCCAUGAGACCCAGAGACUAGCCAACAUUGUACCCAUGUCCAUCUCUCACACCACCAGCCGAGAUGUCACCUUCCAGGGAUAUUUCAUCAAAAAGGGGACGUCUGUGAUUCCUCUACUGACAUCGGUCCUACAGGACGAUAGCGAAUGGGAGAGCCCCCACACCUUUACCCCCUCCCACUUUCUGGAUGAGCACGGAACAUUUGUCAAGAGGGACGCCUUCAUGGCCUUCUCUGCAGGUCGUAGGGUGUGUCUGGGGGAGAGUCUGGCCAGGAUGGAGCUCUUCCUCUUCUUCACCUCCCUCCUGCAGCGCUUUCAUUUCUCUCCUCCUCCUGGAGUAACAGAGGAUGAUCUGGACCUGACACCGGCUGUGGGGUUCAYCCUCMAYCCUUCACCUCACCAGCUCUGUGCUGUGAGCCGGGUCUGAGAUUUGAACAUGAAAAUAUUGGUGGGGCAAACUCAAUCAAAAAAGCUGAUAUGCAUCGAAACCACUACACAUUAAAUGUACCAUUAUAAUAACCAAUCCCAGAAAUGAGUUUGCGCGACACACACAAACAUUAUUAUAUUUAGUUUAUGAUCRGUUCAUAGGCUACUUCCAAUAUCUUUUACAUCUAAUUACACGGACUACGGUAGUCGAACAUAUUUUUAUAGAGUGAAGUCUAUUUUACUUAAUUUUCAGCAUCGGUCUGCCGUAUUGCUAAAUUUGUUAGAGUUAUUGGGAUGCAGUCCAACACGUUCUGAGGGUAGUCGCAUCCACCUGCCUGUUAAGAAUAAAGGAACAAAGUUUAUAAAGCUUCUCCUUCGUUUCAAUCGCGUCGUAAGUUCCAUGGGUUAUUAAAGCAGGGUCUUAUCCUGUUCUAACAGUGCCUAUUAAAACAGGAUAAAUCCAUUAGAAUCCAAUAGCUUUUUUGACAACACCCCUUUUGAUUUGAACGAAACCUUCCAUACAUAUUUGCCCAUUGUAAAAGUGCUCAGAAAUUGACUUAUUAAAUAUAUAUUUUUGUUCCCAAGAAACUUGAUGACCUGGUUGUAGAUAAACCAAAAUACAAAUGUAUUUGUUGCUGGUAUGUACCGCCCCCCUGCUGCCAUGGCGGAUGCUAUUGGUGCUAUAUCUGAAUGUUUAACAUCUUUUCUGUCCUUGGAGUGGGUUAUUUUAGGGGAUUUGAAUCUGGAUUAGCUAUCCCUGGCUUCAGAUCAAUUUAAGUUUAUAUGCAUAGAUUUUCAAAACCCACAUGCCCUUGUUACUCUUCAUGAUGAGUUAAUUCUUACUAAUAACCCCCAUAAAUAUUUGUGUAGUGGAGUAUUUGCAUAUAUGACUCAGGGAUAAUUGUCCCAUAGGAUGUAUUAGAGAUAGAAACGGCAAAAUACUAAUCAGGGUUUAAUUAAGAUUUUUUUUUUUUAUGUUUCUGCUUAAGGGUUUUUACAUGACAUGUUCUACUCUGAUAAAACCACCGUCUCCUGUAUUCCUGACCAUGAGUUGGCUCUAGAAAAGGUCUCCUCUAUAAAUAAAUAUAUACACUACCA